GUACUAAAAGCUGUAAACGAAAAUAAGCAGCAAAGCCUCCAGUUUCACGAUUGAAACUAAUCACUCUGGAUUUCUUAUUCUUUAAAUUAAACAGAGACCUCACUUUAAUUUAUUUCCUAGAUCCUGGUCUUAAUCAGGCCUUCAGAACACUAGACGGCUUUGUGAUCUUUCUCAUUCGUCAGUAAUACAACACAGCGCUUUUUUUCCUCGGAAAACGGUAUGGAUUAUAUUUGCAUUUCUAUGUUGAAGGAAAUCAUUAAUAUUGUGUAAGCUGAGACACGAGGUUGGAAGUUUUGCUGGCCUCCUUGUAGCAGGGGUCUGUUGGUAGAACAGAGGAAUGCGGGCCGCUAGCUGACAGUGUCACCGAUCGCAGGCAGAUAAAUUUAUCAGUCUUACCGCCAGAAGUUAAGACACACGUGGGAUUGCCAGCUUAUUUGUAAUCGUAUAAGUGCCAGGGUUUUUGUCUUGAACUAUUCAAUUCCCAUUUCCAGACUGAUGUAUAAUGUGCACUGAAAAUUCAAUGAAAAGUAUAUGGUCAAAGAAAAUAACAUAGAGAGUUAAUAAAUGUAAUGGAUUAGUGUACAAGAUGCCUAAAAAGAAAUCCAAAAGUUCCAGGAAGUCCUUCUCUAAGACUGUUUGGGGACUUUCCGGGCAUGAUCUUUUCCCGGGGUCUUAGUCUGAAUGAUGCUAAGAGUUUUUUGGCGGCGGAUCUCGGUAUGGAAGCUGUGCACCUUUUCUGUGAUUGUUCUUCUGGGACUAAAUGUGGCCCUCCAUCGGCGGUUUGUGGGACUAGAAGCAGAGUCUUUGUGGAACAUCAAAGACCCAAAUGGUAUGAUAUUAACUCCCUUCAGUCUCCAUGGAACAUUUGAAAACCGUCUGCGUAAGCUGAUGGAGAAGUCUACAGGAAAUGGACUAGAUGUGAUAAAAAUUCAAAACGAGGCACCAAUGUCCGUGACUUACUCGGAAAAUCUUAUCAAGUGCGAGGAUUUUGUGGAUAUAUUAAACAGGACCUACCUGGAAUCGGGCUGGACCAAGGCUGUUUAUAGGGGAAAUUACAAAGGACUACCAGUGGCAAUCAAAACAGUGGAUGUCAAAGGUCAACAUCUGAAGUCAUGUGUGGCUAAAGGUCAUCGUCAUGGAGACUGUUACCAUCGUGCAGCUCAGAAAAUUGUCAAAGAGAUUGUUGUUUUGCAAGCUAUUGCUCAUGAAAAUGUUAUUAAGGUGUUAGGAUUCUGUGUGCCAGGCACCAAUAGCAACAUUCAAGGGGUCGCCAUGGUAACAGAGUUAGGUGAAAGUGUGGACUUGAUCAAAAUCUUACAGAUGUCGUGGGAGGACCGCUUCAAAAUUUCAUUUGACGUUUCUUCCAUCAUUGAGUGGAUGGCCUCCAGUUCAUACGGCAGCCUCGCUAUGAAUGACUUCCGGCGGCAGCAGUUUGUUCUCGUGGAUGGUUCCCUUAAGCUAUCUGAUGUUGAUGACGUAGGAUUUGGCGAUCCCGGUUGUGUCAAGAAUGAAGACUGUACAAUUCACUUUUCUAGCUCCAACUUCACACAAAAAAUUCCAUGUAAAGAAGGCACGUGUUUAAAUUACAAUGAGAAGAAGAAUCUUUACAAUGGUGGUCGCCAUUUUACAACGUUUUUAUUGCCACACGGUGCUCCCGAGUCCCUGCGCCCUCUGGUGGACAAAGUCGUGGAGGGUUACAGCAAUCUUACACUGAAUUCUCACCAAAUAGUUCAACUAAUGAAAAAAAUCAAAAGUCUUUACGUGUCUGGAAAAUAUUUAAAGAGACAGAAACAACAGUUUUCGAAAGAUUAUCGGUUUUAUCCUGGCAGUGAUCUCCCUGGAAAGUUUGACUACAGAUGUCGCCUCUCGCUGUCGGGGACAGGGUGCACACACUCAGCUUUUGAUGUCCUAGAAGCGGCAGCACUCUGUGACGCGGACCCAGACUGUCGUGGAUUCGUUGUAUCCAAGCAAAGGACUUGGGCAGGUCGUAUGUUGGUACAUUUUAAGUAUGGUUUUGAUUAUCCAUCAAAGAACUCCAAUACGUCACUAUAUGUAAGAAUCACGUGACAUUCAUACUUGUGUUCCUGCAUAGAAAAUAGCUGGGUCACGUGAUUGGAUUGACUAGCUCAUCUUUUACGAGGUAUAUGUGCGAAGAAAUUCUUGAGCAAAAUUCCCAACAUCAGAAGUUUUGGAAAUGAAUUGUUAAAAGGGAAUUCGAACUUAGACUGCGGAGAUGCCUAGAAGACAGUUGAUUUAUUUUGCUCUCAAGAAAUAUUGUUCAUCCAACGUUAUCCCCGAAAGUGUUCGUGAAAAUAAUUCCUACGUCUUUGAUUCGUUAUCUUUGUUAAAUUGAUACGAAAAGGAAAAUACACCAUGUUCAUGUUCGAUGUGAAUUAUUUUAGCUUUAAUUUGAACGUAGAUAAGUUCUUAAAAUUUGUUCGUUAUCCAAUGCACUGUUUUUACUUGGCUAUCGUAUACAACUUUUCUUUUAUAGAUGUAAAUUAUUUUCAUUUUGCCCCCCCCCCCCCCUCUGAGGAUUACAACGUGUUUUGUUUGUAUUGUUGGAGGUUCCGUACAAGUGUUUCCGUGCAAUAAUCUUGAUUUCAGAAGGUGCUCUAUGUAUACAGGGUAAUAUUGUUGAGAGAUCUUAACAAGAGUUACACAAAUCCUCAGCAUUCCAUGAUACAAUUCACAUUUGUUGUUAAUUUUGUUUAAUUUUAUUCAAGUUAAACUUUGUAAUUCAAACAAAGCUUUGUUCCAUAAUGUUUCCAUUUGUGUGGCAUUUUGAUAUGAACUUGUGUGUUUAAUAUUUGGUUACAUCUGAUGCCUAUACGAGCCAUUGGUUUAACCAUGGUUGAUAUUUAUGUUCAGUAGUCUUCAGUAAAACUUUGUAACUGUUUUCUGUUUGUCGGCGUAAUAUUGCUUUGUUAAACGGUUGCUGGUAUAUGCUUAUCAAAUGAACAUUAUACCGCAAUGUUGUUGUAUAUUAAUAAAGACAAUCCAAUCUU